AUGAAACUGUUGUCACCAGACCACAAAAAGUACAUCAUAUCAGAAACUAGUCUUGGUUGUCUAACCCAGAUGCAUGAAGUGACUCUACGGCGCAUAAUGUUGGUUAGACUAGCCAAGAGCAUAGAUAUGGACACGCAAUCCAUUACCAUUAGUAAAACGCCAAUUCCUAUAACAAAAGAGGACGUGCAGUGUAUAUUUGGCAUUCCGAUAGAAGGGGAGGAUAUAGAGCCACAUCUGGAAAUGCAAACCGACACAGAAUUGUUUACCGCCUAUGCAAACAAUGGGCAAGUUUUGAUUUCUGACCUUGAAAUGGCGAUCCGAGCUUCCAAAGCCCCAGAUGGCGAUUUCCUGAGACGGUUCAUUCUGUAUGCAAUUGGUACUGUUCUAGCACCAACAGCAUAA